AUUGACUUUAAAAUUCUUUUUUGGUCAAUUGCGAGUUAUCGAAAGUCAGGCUUCUCAAUUUUCUUCUGUUCAAAGUAGUUUUUGUGGGUGCGAUAUUGGAGCCGAAAUGGGAGGAGCUACUUAUUUGGACAACGUGGUUUACCAUUCUAGGAUUUUUGAGGAUAUUUAG